GCAGUCAAGCGCUCCCAUCGUCGCUUAGGGCUGGCUCAAAAGCUGAUGGACCAGGCUUCCCGAGCCAUGAUUGAGAACUUCAAUGCUAAGUAUGUCUCACUGCAUGUUCGCAAAAGUAACCGAGCUGCAUUACACCUCUAUUCCAACACGCUCAAUUUUCACUGCGGAGGCAGGUGGAAUUGAAAGAGAAGGGAAAGCAUUCUGUGCUGGGCUCCAUUGAGAACAAGGGCAGUGAUCACAAGACUAACCACGUGGGUGACUGUUGCCGGGAUGACAGAUGCCCAGGGACCCUUGUGGGCACCGGACCCGGAGCUGAAGACAGUGGAGACAGCAAGGACGUCAGUGAGGUCAGUGAGGCUACAGAGAGCACAGAUGUCAAGGACAGCUCAGAGGCCUCCGACUCUGCCUCCUAGCAAGCUCUUUGGCUGUGCUCUUCACUUUCCAGCGAUUGGACUUGUGUCGUCCUUGGCCAGGGGUUGGACCGCUACAGAUGGGAUUGGAAAUAAAACUUUUGGAACCAGG